CCCCCGCCCGGGUCCAUGGCGGCCGCCGGGGAGUGGUCCUGCUCCCGCUGCACCUUCCUGAACCCGGCCGGCCGGCGCCAGUGCUCCAUCUGCGAGGCCCCCCGGCAGCAGCCCGACCUCGACCAGAUCCUGCGGCUCAGCGUAGAGGAGCAGAAAUGGCCCUGCGCCCGCUGCACGUUCCGGAACCUGCUGGGCAGGGCAGCCUGCGAGGUGUGCGGCUUCGCGCCCGAGCCCGCCCCCGGGCCCUCCCCGCUGCCCGCCAUCAACGGGGCCCUGCCCAGGCCGCCUGCUGUCCCGCUGGAGCCCCCGGGUGGCGGCCAGGACGAGGUGGGGCCGGUGCGGACAGCCAGGCUGGGGCCCGAGGAGCCUGCCGGGGGGCGCCCCGAGGAGGCGACUGCUGCACAGCCGGGGAGCGGCUGGGCCUGUGCCCGCUGCACGCUGCACAACACGCCCGUGGCCAGCUCCUGCUCUGCCUGCGGGGGGCCCCGCAAGCUCUCCCUGCCCAGGAUCCCACCCGAGGCCCUGGUGGUUCCCGAAGUCGUGGCCCCCGCUGGCUUCCACGUCAUGCCGGCCCCCCCGCAGCCAGGGGAAGGCGCUGAGGCCGACCCUCCCGCCGCAGCAGGCCAGGGCCCUCCCGCCGCCGGCCAGGAACCCCCCCGGGGGCCCUUCGGCCCCUUCUCGCCCACCCUGCAGAACCACCCCGUGCCUCGCAGCCGCCGGGAAGUUCCUCCCCAGCUGCAGCCGCCCGUGCCUGAGGGUCCCCUGCCCGUGGCCCAGGCAGGCUCCAGGGGCCCCCCCCAGGCCCCAGGGCGGCCUGCGGCCGGGCCCUCCCGCCUGGCUGAGCUGCUGUCCGGCAAGCGGCUGAGCCUGCUGGAGGAGGAGGUGGGUGAGGGCGGCCCCCCGCCACACCGGUGCGGCCCCGGCCCGGCCAGCCCCACCCGCUCCGAGGCCUGCAGCCCCGCGGCUGGCGGCGACGUCAUCGACCUGGCGGGGGACACAGUGCGCUACACGCCCGCCAGCCCCUCCAGCCCCGACUUCACCACCUGGUCGUGCGCCAAGUGCACGCUCAGGAACCCCACGGCGGCACCCCGGUGCUCGGCCUGCGGCUGCUCCAAGCUGCACGGCUUCCCGGAGCUCGGCCCGGCCCCCGCCCGCAGCUCCGAGCGCCCCGGGGCCUGGGCCUGCCCGGCCUGCACGCUCCUCAAUGCGCCCCGCGCGCAGCACUGUGCCGCCUGCCACACGCCACAGGUCCUGGUGGCCCAGCGCCGGGGCGCCACGCCCCUGCGCCGCCGGGAGAGCGUGCUCGUGGAGCAGCGGCGCCAGACGGACGAGGGCGAGGCCAAGGCGCUCUGGGAGAACAUCGUGGCCUUCUGCAGGGAGAACCGCGUGAGCUUCGUGGACGACAGCUUCCCCCCAGGACCUGCGUCCGUGGGCUUCCCCGCGGGGGACAGCGUCCAGCAGCGCGUGAGACAGUGGCUGCGUCCCCACGAGAUCAACUGUGCGGUCUUCCGGGACCACGGCGCCUCCUGGUCGGUGUUCCACACCCUCCGGCCCUCGGACAUCCUGCAGGGGCUGCUGGGGAACUGCUGGUUCCUGAGCGCGCUGGCGGUGCUGGCCGAGCGGCCGGACCUGGUGGAGCGGGUGAUGGUCACGCGCAGCCUGUGCGAGGAGGGCGCCUACCAGGUGCGGCUGUGCAAGGACGGCACGUGGACCACGGUGCUGGUGGACGACAUGCUGCCCUGCGACGAGGCCGGCUUCCUGCUCUUCUCGCAGGCGCAGCGCAAGCAGCUGUGGGUGGCCCUCAUCGAGAAGGCGCUGGCCAAGCUGCACGGCUCCUACUUCGCCCUCCAGGCGGGCCGCGCCAUCGAAGGCCUGGCCACGCUCACCGGCGCCCCCUGCGAGAGCUUGGCGCUGCAGGUCAGCUCCACGAACCCCCGCGAGGACCCGGUGGACACCGACCUCAUCUGGGCCAAGAUGCUGAGUUCCAAGGAGGCCGGGUUCCUCAUGGGCGCCUCCUGUGGGGGCGGCAACAUGAAGGUGGACGACGCGGCCUACGAGAGCCUGGGCCUACGGCCCCGCCACGCCUACUCCAUCCUGGACGUGCGCGACGUGCAGGGCUCCAGGCUGCUGCGCCUCCGGAACCCAUGGGGCCGCUUCUCCUGGAAUGGCAGCUGGUCGGACGAGUGGCCGCACUGGCCGGGACACCUGCGCAGUGAGCUGAUGCCGCUGGGCAGCAGCGAGGGCGUCUUCUGGAUGGAGUACAGCGACUUCAUCAGGUACUUCGACGCUGUGGACAUCUGCAAGGUGCACUCGGACUGGCAGGAGGUGCGGGUGCAGGGCUGCUUCCCCAGCUCGGCCCGCGGGCCCGUGGGCGUGACGGCGCUCACCGUGCUGGAGCGCGCCUCGCUGGAGUUCGCGCUCUUCCAGGAGGGCGGCAGGCGCGCAGACUCUGCGGAUGGCCACCUGCUGGACCUGUGCGUGCUGGUCUUCCGGGCGUCCUUCGGCAGCGGCGGCCGCCUGAGCCUGGGCCGCCUGCUGGCCCACAGCAGGCGCGCGGUCAAGAAGUUCGUGGGCUGCGACGUGAUGCUGGAGCCGGGCGAGUACGCGGUGGUGUGCUGCGCCUUCAACCACUGGGCCGCCAUGCCCGCCGCGCCCGCCGCGCAGGCCUCUAGCCCCCUGGCGGGUGACCCACCUUGCACCCCAGAGCCGCCUGGCCACGUGCUGGCCGUGUACAGCUCCAGGCUGGUCAUGGUGGAGCCGGUGGCGGCCCAGCCCACCACGCUGGCCGACGCCAUCAUCCUGCUGACCGAGAGCCGCGGGGAGCGGCAUGAGGGCCGCGAGGGCAUGACCUGCUACUACCUGACGCACGGCUGGGCGGGGCUCAUCGUGGUCGUGGAGAACCGCCACCCCAAGGCCUACCUGCACGUCCAGUGCGACUGCUCGGACAGCUUCAACGUGGUGUCGACCCGCGGCAGCCUGCGCACCCAGGACAGCGUGCCGCCCCUGCACAGGCAGGUCCUGGUGAUCCUGUCCCAGCUAGAAGGCAACGCCGGCUUCUCCAUCACCCACCGCCUGGCGCACCGCAAGGCCGCCCAGGCCUUCCUCAGCGACUGGACGACCUCCCGCGGCGCCCACAGUCCCCCACUCACCCCCGAGGUGGCCGGCCUGCACGGACCCCGGCCGCUGUGACCACCCUUGCCGCCUGCCCCACAGCACUUUACGAGGGAGACCCGGACAGGGCACGCUUGAACCAGAAUCUCAGGACCCCAGGAGCCGCCCGCCUCGGAGGCCGCUGCCUGGACACCCCCUCCCGGCCAGGGUCUCCCGGCCACCAAGCAGAUACCUCGAAUCAGUCUCUGGCCCGAGUGGCCUGCGCUGGCCGCCCCUCCAGCGCCCACCCGCAGGGGGGCCGGGGCCGGGCAUGGCUGCGGCCGGAGCUCCCUUCACUGAACCAAAUCUGGGCGGCCCGAUGCGCCCGAGCAGGGACCACGCCUCAGGGGUCGGAGGUCAGCACCCUGGGCGGAGAAUAGGGACCAGCCCCUUACGGGGGCUCGAGACCGGGAUCCCCGGCAAGCAGGGACCACCCCCUUGGGGGGGGUUGGCGGUCAGGACCCUGGGGUGAGACGAGGACCACCCCCUUGCAGGGGCUUGAGGCCGGGGCGCCCGGUGGGCAGGGAUGAGGCCAGCGGAGGUCCCUGCGGUCCCAGCAUCGCACCCCAGGAGGCAGGUGCUUGGCGACCACGGGCUGGGGGCUCCCGGACCCCCGGCCACACUAUGCAAUUCCUGGGGCUCCACAGGCCGAAGCCAUGCCCGGGCGCCGCCCGCGGCUCUGCCCUCAGCACCCCGGGCGGGAGCCCGACCGACCGGCCUCCCCGCUCGGCCUGGGCAGCGGGCGCCGCCCCGGCCCUUUUUAUUUCCUUUUCUCCGAGCUGUGAAUAUUUUUAACCCUGUAAAUAGGCUCAGCUCUUCUGACAGAGGCUAUUUUAUCACUCGCGGCCGCCGCGGCGGGGCCCGCGCGGUUCCGCUCAGGCUCGAAGGACCAAAUAAAGCGU